AUGAACCGAUCCCUCGAUGGCUGGCUCAGCAAGCUCGCCACCACCCGGUCGGGGACCAGCAUGUGGCAGCGCCGCUGGUUCGUGCUGAGCGGCGAUCGAUUGCAGUACUUCAACAGCCCGGGCGAUGUGGGCGGCGGCGACGCAAAGUGGACGCUCGAGCUCAGCGCGCUCGGCGCGAGCACGAGCGACGGGCCGGCGGACCAGGCCGACGCCGCGCGGUUCGAGUUGCUCGCCGGCGGCCAGGCCUAUUCCCUCCGCGCCGAUUCCGAGGUUGAGGCCGAGAUGUGGCGUGCGGCUCUCGACACGCCCACCGCCGGCUCGGCUCUUCCGGCACCGUCAGCAGAGCCGCCGGCGGGCAUGAGCCUCUUCGACGGCCUCGCCGUGCCUGCCGCGACACCCGCCGCGGCACUCUGCGCCGUGCAGCUCGGCCUGCUGCGGCAGCGGGCGAGCCGCGAAGGUGAGCUCGCCUCGCUCAAGCAGAGCCGCGCGGCGGCGCAGGCGGCGCAGGCGGAGGCGUCUGCGGCGGAGGAGUACGAGCGGGCGGCUUCCCUCGCGGCGGAGCUCGAGGCGCUCGAGGGGAGGGAGGCGGAGCUGGCGGAGGGCGAGGCGGAGGGCGAGGCUUCCUACGCGAGGGCCGCGGAGCGGCAGGCGGCGCUGCUCGGCGAGCAGCGGAGCUUGUGGGCGGACCAGGUCGGCGAGGCGCGGCGCUGCCUCGCGGCGAGAGAGGAGGUCGCGGCGAGGGAGGCGACCGCGCGCGAGUCGCUCCUCGAGGCGCAGGAGGAGCGGCUGGGCGAAUAA